UGUAGAUUCUUUACCCCACCCAUUUAGUGUCUAUCACCACAGCACAUCCUCCUGUGAGGCGUUCCUCACUGGAAAUGACUGAGACACUGAACCCAGUCACUGCAGCAGUGCACUGGGCAUCAGCCCUUGGGCCAGUGUGUCAGGAUUUUGUUCUACUUUUUUAUGAAAAUGAUCUUUGCCGAGUAUCUGGUUUUAUCUUCCUUAGUGCUAGGAGUGCAGUUAUUUCUGUACCAGACUCAGCGGAUCCAGUUUGUUGAAGUUAGUGACACCGCAAAGAUCCACUGUUCUUCCACAGAAAAAUUGGAAGGAAGUAGAAUGUUUUGGUAUUUGAGACGAGAAGGCGAGAAACCCACCUGCAUUAAGCGCUGUUUGGAUGAUCAAAAUGUAAGUAAAUUAGCUUGCAAACACGAGACACACAGCUCGACGCUGGAAAUCAGCAACGUCCAAAAGACUGACUCUGGCAUUUACUACUGUGCAUAUAUAGACAGCAGCUACCUGCUUUUCGGGAAUGGAUCCACACUGAUUGUUGGAGACAGUUAUACCAACAGCAGCUGGGUGAUGCUUCUGGUCCCAUUUCCACAUGAUAUUCAAGUCACUGAGACAGCAAAUCUGGCCUGUGUGAUCCAUGGAGUGUCCAGCCCAGUCCAUGUUUCCUGGAGUGUUUCUGGGGAGCUGCAGGAACAGGGGCUGACGCGCUCAUUGAAAGCAAAGGAUGGAUCUUUAACACUCAUAAAUCACAUCAGCGUCCCCAUGGACACCUGGACCAGUGGGAAGAAUUUCACCUGUGAAGUCAAAUUCAACUCUUCUGGCAGCAGUGUGAAGAAAAGUACCAGGUAUCCUGCAGCUCCUGCCAGGAAGUGCUUACAAUACAUUGUGCCCCUUGCGGCUGGGGCUGGUCUGCUGCUGCUGCUGGUGUCUCUGAGCCUCGUCUGCACCCUCUGCCCUUCCACGCUAGGAUUCCAGCCCAGGGUCUCAGCACCCCCAGCUUCAGAGGAGCACCAGGGUGGAAUCUUAUACGCUCAUCUGGAUUUUGAUUCGCGGAAUCGCAACGGGCGCACGAUGCAGCGAUCGGCCAGAGGGAAACGUGUAAAACCCUGAACUGUCUAGUGCAGGUGAACCCACACGUGGGAACUGAUGGCUGGUUCUCUGCUGAUCGGACGUAGCAGCUGGAAGAAGGCUCUGUCUGUCUCCCUCUCCUUUCUUUUUUAUUUUCUCCCCUUCUCUUUUUAGAAUAAAAAGCUCAGAAGAUCCCCACAGGGUCCAGCCUCAUCAGGUGGGAAAUCUCCUUUUGGGAUAUAAAGGCAUCACGGUAUAGAUGACUUUACACGUCACUUGUGUAUUCGAUUGGAAGCUCUUUGGGGCAGGGACUGUCUCUUUGUUCUGUGUUUGUGCAGCACCUAGCACAAUGGGUGCUAUGGUAACACAAUAAUUGUCAUCAUCAUCCUCUCAUCUGCAGAG